AUAAAAAAAUCCGACAUAACUUAAAGGAACACGAAAAUAUUUUGGGCGGUGGGAAUUUGGUAUAACCCGAACCCAACCGAAUACUUCACAACAGUUGUUUUCACAAUUUCCAGAUCAAAUGACAACCGUACGAUCAAUUUCAACCCUCCUCUUCUUCGUCGCAAUUCUCCUCAUCACACCAUCCAAAUCACAAUCGUUCUCAUUCUCUUCCUAUUACGAUUUCCGAAAUCUCUUCUCACUCGCACAAUCCAUUUUUACCGGCGUCGCCAACCUACGUACCAACCGCGGUGACGUCGCCGGCGCUAACAGAGCCAGGUCCAUCGCAAACAGUUUGGAAAAUGUCACCGGCUUUGGGUUUUGGAAGCUUGUGUGGUCUGCUUGGUCAUGGAAAUGGUUGUGGAAGGGCAUUCCCUUCACGGAGCUCUACGGCGCUGUUUCCGACAUCAACGAGUUUCUUAGGGGCUUGAAUGAGUUGACUCGGAUGGAAUCGGCCGCCGAAAGGACUGUUUGGCUCUCUCAAAAUUACCAAAAUCUCCUUAUUGUCACUAAAUCGCUUUCUCGCAAACUCCUCAAAGCGUUUGGUCAAUCGGAAGUGAUGAGGGAAAUAGUGGAAACGUUGCGAAUAGAGGUGGUGGAAGGUGGGUUAAUCAGAGACUGCCUAUUAUUGGGUGGCAAUGAUUUGAAGGAUCUGAUUCAUACUGCCAAGGAUCUGUUGUUACAAUUCUUUCCCGUGACUGAUAAAGACCCUGAACUAUAACUCGUAUAGUUUCUUUUUGCUCGGUUUAGAGCUAUAAUACAAUGGUGGCAUCAUUACUAUCUCCAAGCACUUACUUUAUAAGUGACCAAAUUUUGUUUAUUUUUGUUUGCUUUUGGUUUCUUAGAAUACAAACUAGAGAAGUACCUGUGCAUUCACACAAAUUCUGCUCUGCCAGAAUCAGUUCUCUUUUUAAUUUAGGAUUUAAGUGCUUAAUAAUACUUUUAACGGUGGAAUGAAAAAAAUUGUAAAUGUUAAGGUUGGUUAUAAAGUUUGUUUGAGAGAAGAUAAGUUGUUUAUUUAAUUUUAUCUGCAUAGGGGACAAGUUUUAUACUGCAUGUACAAGAAAAGAUUAGUUGUUUAAUUAUUUUGUAAUGUGAA